UUCUGAAUCUGCUAAUGAUAGAAGAUUAAAUCGCGUCUGUGCUUAUGACAACUUGUGAUAACUGUCAUCGAUAGACCGUCAACAAAGUACUAAUUGUUGGAGCUCAUACAAUCGAUAAUAAUGAGUUCCGAUCACAUACAGAGGCGAUGGAGCAGUUUGCGUAAAGUGUUGGAGAGAUCGGGCCCAUUUUGCCGGCCAGAUUUCGAACCAUCGCCUGAAAAUCUGCAGAUGCUCCUGGAUCACUGUAAGGUACUCGUUGUCGGCGCCGGCGGUCUAGGAUGUGAAUUGCUUAAAAAUCUGGCUCUGAUGGGAUUCAGACACCUUCACGUUAUUGAUAUGGACACAAUCGAGUUAUCUAACCUCAAUCGACAGUUCCUAUUUCGUCACAAAGACAUUGGAUCUUAUAAGGCAGAGGUAGCUGCAAAGUUCAUUAACACUAGAAUUCCUGGAUGUAAUGUGGCUGCACACAAUUGUGAGAUACAAAGUAAAAGCGAGGCAUUCUUCCAACAAUUCCACAUGGUAAUCUGUGGAUUAGAUUCAAUUGUCGCGAGGAGGUGGCUCAAUGGUAUGUUAAUAUCUUUGCUUGUUUAUGAAAAUGAAGAAUUAGAUCAGACCAGUGUAAUACCUAUGAUUGAUGGUGGAACUGAAGGCUUCAAAGGAAAUGUUCGAGUUAUAUUACCUGGUAUAAGUCCUUGCAUUGAAUGUACCUUGGAUUUUUAUCCACCACAAGUCACAUAUCCUUUAUGUACGAUAGCCAAUACCCCACGUUUACCGGAGCAUUGUAUAGAAUAUGUCAAGGUAAUUCAAUGGCCAAAGGAAAAUCCAUUUGACUGUGCUAUCGAUGGAGAUGACCCUCAGCAUAUAAACUGGAUUUAUGAAAAGUCAAAUGAUAGAGCGGUACAAUUCGGUAUACAAGGUUUAACAUAUAGACUCGUACAAGGUGUUGUCAAAAAUAUUAUACCAGCCGUGGCAUCAACAAACGCAGUUAUUGCUGCUGCCUGUGCGACAGAAGCGUUCAAACUUGCAACCAGUUGUAGCGCGUCCUUAAAUAAUUACAUGGUGCUCAACAAUCUGGAUGGAGUUUACACGUACACUUUUGAGGUAGAGAAAAAAGUAAAUUGCUUGGCGUGUAGUCAAGUACCACGAGAAAUUGAAAUUAAAGAUUCGAAAUAUAAACUACAGAAUUUAAUAGAUCUUCUUUGUGAGCGGCCAGACCUGCAAAUGAAAAAUCCUGCUAUUACAGCUAUUAUAGACGGCAAAUGUAAAACUCUGUACAUGCAAAUGGUAGCGAGCAUCGAAGAGAAAACUCGUGAGAAUUUGUCCAAGACUUUAAUCGAAUUAGGCUUAAAAGACGGUACUGAAAUAAACGUUGCCGAUGUUACGACUCCAAUUACAAUAACUCUAAAACUAAAAUUUCCACAAGAUAAUAACGCAAGUCAAUAAUACCUAUUGAGAAUUUAUUUUUCAAGCGUUCAUGUC